CUCUUCUGCAAUAGAGAUAAGUAUCUCCAUGAUCAUCCUAUGUUCUUAAUUUGCACCUCUGAAGGUUGUUUGCCAAGUAGAAAGAGAAACGGGUUUGAGAACCCCAAACUCUUGCUUCAAGAUGGCAGCAGACAAAGGGGAGGACAAGGCAAGCCAUCGCGAGAGAGGGAGCACAUGCGGCAGAGAGAAUGGGAGCCGGUCGCCGGUCCACAGGGCAAGUAGGCAAGUAACACAGCAAGAGCAGCCAAUGUCAUUAUCUUUAAUAAGAUCGUCCCUCGCUGCAGGGCCUAAUAAAACAUGUUUUGCUAAGCAUGUGGCUGCAUUUUUGUUGGUGGAUGAAAUCAUGCAUGUGCUUGAUAUUUUGUCAUUUGGUAAAGGAUGUGACGGCUACAAUAUACUCAUGUGCAGCAAAACAUCUUGGGAAAGGAUAAAGCCUCCCAUGCAUCCAGUGUACUUCAUUGUUUUCUCUCUCUACUAAUUUCUAGCAGUGUCCACAUACUGCACGUAUAUAUAGAUACAGAUGUAAAUCAACACAAUGCUCUGCUUCUAUAAAUUUGGGUUUGGGGUUUCCCUCAUGUUUUGCAGUAAAUGGUAUAGAAGUUUUGGAUAUAAUUCUAGUUUAUUGCAGGUAAUCCAUUAAUUUCAAUUUGAUUAUUUUGAGAAAAUCAAUCUCAAUUUGGAAUUCUGGAACAAAUAUUGUGUCCAAGACAGUGAUUGUGCAGAUCAUAACAUAACUUGGUUAAGUUCUGAAAUGAUUUUGAUGCACUGAGUUUAGUUGUCGUAAUCCAUGAGACAAUGGGGUUUAAUCCUUAAAAUGGAGAAGGAGCUAUGAGCUUAAUUUAGAACUCUGAAAAAGGUGAGAUGCUGCUGCUGGCUGAAGUCCUAGAUAUAUAUAGAGACAUGUGCUACAAAAUUUAUGAUCAGAUCCUCAAAAUAUCUGGCUGGAGGCCGUGCACCGUGCAAGCAGAACCAAAGUUUGGUAGGCCAAACUUUUUGUUGGGUAACUGGUGUAUUUGUAGCAUGGGAGCUUGAUUGCUGCAUGGAUAUGUGCAUCUCUAGGCCUUGUGCUUGUGUGCUGCUGAUCUGAAUUGCAAUGGAGAAAGGUAAGCAAAUAGACAUUGGCAACAGCAGCAGGCAACAUGGUGGCAGCCGAGCUAAGAGCAAGAACAUGUCCAUAGAUCGUAGCAGAGUAAGAGUUUUGUUGUGUGACCGCGAUGCGGAGAGUUGUGAGGAGGUUUGCACACUACUGACAACAUGCUGUUAUCAGGUAAUAUCAGUAAGUUCUGCUGUGGAGGUGUUGGAUGCUCUGAAUGCUGAGUGGUCAUUCAUUGAUAUCAUACUUGCUGCAGUUGACCUUCCCAUAGAUGCAAGCAUGAGAAUGUUGAAAUAUAUAAUGCAGGAUCUGCAUUUCAAGCAUAUCCCAGUGAUAAUGCUGUCCACGCAGAACGAAAGCCGUUUUCUUUACAAUUUCUUAAAAUUUGGUGCUACUGAUUAUCUGGUCAAGCCACUAUGCAUUGAUGAGAUAUUAAACAUGUGGAUCCACUCUUGGAGGCAGAGGAAGCCUCCUAAGGGGCUCGAGCAUCCACAGAAGAGCAUUAGUCUCGUGGUUUCAGCUGAAGCAACUACGAACAACAUCUUGGUCUUAGAUGACACUAUCAGAGAUGAAGAGUUUCCAGAGGAUCCAGAGCCAACUUUGUGUAUAUCAAAAAAAUAAAUGGCAUGAUUAUAAUUACUGAGCUUGUGUGUUGCAAAUAAAAGUUUGGUUAUCCAUGAACUUGAAAAACCAAAUUGUUCCAGGAAAAUAAACCUAUGCUCCAUGAAGGCAAUGCUUAGGCUCAGAAGGGUUUAUUUUAUAGUUUAUGCUUGCCUUUAUGGUACAAAGUAUUUUAAUGGUUUCCAGAUCUAAUCGGUGGUAUUAAAAAGCAAGGUGAACAAAUUUGAACGUCAAGUUUUAC